AUGACAACUUCCAACACUAUCAAAAAAGUUUUAAUCGUCUUUGGUCAUCCAGAACGUAAAUCGUUCAAUGGAUCUCUAUUAGACGCUACUGUCAAGAAUUUAGAAUCUCAAGGCCUUGAAGUCAAAGUCUCAGAUCUGUACAGAAUGAAUUGGAAAUCAGAAGUCACAGAAGACGACUUCCCCGAAACUCAUGAAAAAGGAACAAGAUUAGAGGUUGCGCCAGAAUCCUUAGCUGCUUUCCAAAAUCACAAGUUGACACCAGAUGUCGUUGCUGAACAAGAAAAAUUGGAAUGGGCGGAUUUAGUCAUCCUCCAAUUCCCAUUAUGGUGGACUGGUUUUCCUGCUAUCUUGAAAGGUUGGGUAGACAGAGUUUUUAGUGCUGGAUUAGCAUACUACCGUCCUGAAAGAUUUGGUGAUGGUGCCUUUGCUGGUAAGAAGGCAAUGCUAAUGGUUUCUACUGGUGGGGCCGAAAGUCAUUAUUCUGCGACCGGUAUACAUGGUCCAAUUAAUGAUCUUUUAUUCCCUAUUCAACAUGGAAUGUUAUUUUACACUGGGAUGACUAUCUUACCACCAUUCGUUACAUAUUCAGCUUACAAUAUAACUGAUGAUAAGUUCAAUUCUAUUUUGGAAGAUUUGUAUAAUCAUUUCAAAGAUAUUGACUCUUUGAAACCAAUCGCAUACAGAAAGCAAGCUGAGGAUUAUGAUCCAAAAACAAAGGAAUUGAAGCAAGAGAUCGUCGAUGCAAGCAAUGAAAAGGGAUUCUCUUUACAUAUUCGCAAGGAUUAG